GUUCGACGAAAUUCUGAUGGAUUCCUAUAAGGAAAUGGAGCCAUGCAUUCUUGUCAACUAUUUAUUGAAACUAUGUGGCAUCAUCAACAGAGCGCUAAAGACAUUGAAAGUGAAAUCUUCACCAAAGGAAGUAGCAGAAGCAAGACUUGCUCUUUUCACAGCGGCAAGACACACGCUUGCUGCCGGAAUGAAUAUCCUGGGUCUUAGACCUUUAAAGAAAAUGUGAUAAUUUCAUUAGUAUUGAUACAAUUCAAAUGUGAAAUACAUAUUUAUGGACAUUUACAUUUGACCCAACAGUACCAUACUCAAUGUGGAGGAGGCGCUUUUCUCUGUAAAAUAAUUGAACAAAUUAAAAGUUAUAUAUAUAAUGCAAAA